CGGCGCUGCCGCCAUUUUGUAGGGUGUUUGUCGCAGCUUUUGGAGAGAGAAGACGGCGGUUUGCCGACAAUUCUCGGCCAAAGGGCCUUUUGUUUUUGCGGAGAUGCGGCAUUCCAAAAGAACUCACUGCCCUGAUUGGGAUAGCAGAGAAAGCUGGGGACAUGAAAGCUAUAGUGGAAGUCACAAACGGAAGAGGAGAUCCCACAGCAGUACGCAAGAGAACAGAUACUGUAAACCACAUCACCAGUUUAAAGAAUCUGAUUGAUGUUCCAUUGGGACUGUUUGCCAGAUUGCUUUCUAAAUUAGCCAGCUGGGGUUACUUUAAAAAACAUCAUUAUUUAGAAGCAAGGUCCUUGAAUGAGAGAGAUUAUCGGGACCGGAGAUACAUUGAUGAAUACAGAAAUGACUACUGCGAAAGAUAUGUUCCUAGACAUUAUCACAGAGACAUUGAAAGCAGUUAUCGAAUCCACUGCAGUAAAUCUUCAGUCCGAAGCAGGAGAAGCAGUCCUAAAAGGAAGCGUAAUAGACACUGUUCAAGUCAUCAGUCACAUUCGAAGAGCCACCGAAGGAAAAGAUCCAGGAGUAUAGAGGAUGAUGAGGAGGGUCACCUGAUCUGUCAAAGUGGAGACGUUCUAAGAGCAAGAUAUGAAAUCGUGGACACUUUGGGUGAAGGGGCCUUUGGCAAAGUUGUAGAAUGUAUUGAUCAUGGCAUGGAUGGCAUACAUGUAGCAGUGAAAAUUGUAAAAAACGUGGGACGAUAUCGUGAAGCAGCUCGUUCAGAAAUCCAAGUAUUAGAGCAUUUAAAUAGUACUGAUCCCAAUAGUGUCUUCCGAUGUGUCCAGAUGCUAGAAUGGUUUGAUCAUCAUGGUCAUGUUUGUAUUGUGUUCGAACUCUUGGGACUUAGUACCUAUGAUUUCAUUAAAGAAAAUAGCUUUCUGCCAUUUCAAAUUGACCACAUCAGGCAAAUGGCAUAUCAGAUCUGCCAGUCAAUAAAUUUUUUGCAUCAUAAUAAAUUAACCCAUACAGAUCUGAAGCCUGAAAAUAUUUUAUUUGUGAAGUCUGACUAUGUAGUCAAAUAUAAUUCUAAAAUGAAACGUGAUGAACGCACACUGAAAAACACAGAUAUCAAAGUUGUUGACUUUGGAAGUGCAACAUACGAUGAUGAACAUCAUAGUACUUUGGUAUCCACACGGCAUUACAGAGCUCCAGAGGUCAUUUUGGCUUUAGGUUGGUCUCAGCCUUGUGAUGUUUGGAGCAUAGGUUGCAUUCUUAUUGAAUAUUACCUUGGUUUCACAGUCUUUCAGACUCAUGAUAGUAAAGAGCACCUGGCAAUGAUGGAACGAAUAUUAGGACCCAUACCAACACACAUGAUUCAGAAAACAAGAAAACGCAAGUAUUUUCAUCAUAAUCAGCUAGAUUGGGAUGAACAUAGUUCUGCUGGUAGAUAUGUUAGGAGACGCUGUAAACCGUUGAAGGAAUUUAUGCUCUGUCAUGAUGAAGAACAUGAGAAACUGUUUGACCUCGUUCGAAGAAUGUUAGAAUAUGAUCCAGUGAAAAGAAUUACUCUGGAUGAAGCACUGCAGCAUCCUUUCUUUGACUUAUUAAAAAAGAAAUGAAAUGGAAAUCAGUGGUCUUAUUAUACUUCUCUAGAAGAGAUUACUUAAGACUGUGUCAGUCAGCUCAACAUUCUAAUAUUUUUGUAAACAUUAAAUUAUUUUGUACAUUUAAGUGUAAAUACUGUAUGUUUUGUAUC